GAUACUUCUAACGGCCGUUAGGAAAAUCAAAAAUUCUGAUCGACACCGGUAACGCUACGGCAGCGACACCCAGCUUAUCAGUAGAGUAACGCCACGGGAAGUCCGCCGAUUCAUGGUCUCGCUCACUAUCAGUGCUGUUUACGAGUGGGACGGGCGCGGUACCAAAUCCGCGACAGCUGUUCGCUGUAUAUUUUUGGCCACCUAGAAAGGUGCCGCGGAAGUGGCUCCCCGUGACUUGCCAGUUCACGCUCGACGUACGGACCAGAAGGGCAAUCUCAACUGACCUUUGACACGCAACAACGGUUUUGGGCCCCACCCUCGGUGCUCCCCCACCGAGAGGCACCGGCUGUGUGGCAUCGCCAUUGAAAGAGAAAGCGUUACGCGAAGCAAAGUGAUCAUUGACCGAUGGCGGACGUGUGAGUCACGCCGGCAUUGGAACGAGACGCAACGCGAUUAAGUAACCAGAGGACCAGGCCAAGCCGCUGCCCCGAGCGCCAACACGUCAGUCGAAAGUGAUAGUGUCGGCGGAGAGCAUCGGAUUUUGCUGUCGGUGGCGCUAAUCUCCACUCGAACUGGCCGGAGUCUCUGGAGGUUCGCCAACCAAAAAUAAUGUGUAUUUUAUUCGUGUACGUGGACGAUGGGGCCGGCUGUGGGCGCUAUCGGUUGGUGCUCGCUUCGAACCGUGAUGAAUUCUAUGCCCGGCCAGCCAAGCAAGCUGCACCGUGGCAGGAGAACGACCGAAUCGUCGGUGGCCGCGACAUGGAACCGGGCCGUGAGGGUGGAACGUGGCUAGCUAUCGGCAACCAUCCGCCGGGUAGCAUUCGCAUCGGUGCCCUGCUGAACGUGACCGGGGAAUCGAAACCGAAUGUCACCAUCGGACGGGGACCGAUCGUGGCCAACUUUCUGACCGGUGAUCAGGCAGCCCGGGAGUACAGCGAGCAACUGCUCGCCCGCGACAACUAUGGUGCGUUUAACUUCGUGUCAGUGGAACUCGGCACGGUACGUCCCGGCACGGUGGCGGGCGAUGGAAUCCGGCCGGAACCACAGGAACUAGUGCUGCACACAAGUAACGCUCCACACAGCAUUAGCCCGUGCGCGACGGGUCAGGCACUAGCAUUCGGUAACAGUACGCUCGAGAAACCUUUGCAGAAGGUGUGCCGCGGUAGGGAACAAUUUGAAGCAAUCGUUACCAAGCGCAACAUUCCGUUCGCCGAUUCGGAUGUGCUGGUUGACGAACUGAUGGACCUUCUGAAGAGCGACGUCCGCCACUUUCCAGACCCGGAACUAACGCGCCGUGCCGGACAGCACGCCGAGUAUCUAUCCAGCGUGAACGUCCGCAUACCGAACGGCAGCUACGGUAGCCGAACGCGGACCGUGAUCUUGAUCGAUCGGCAAAAUCAUAUGGAGUUCAUCGAAACGACCAUGGUAAACAACGAUCCGUUGGAGGCCAACUGGAAGACGACGCGUAUUGUGCGCGACUUUUCUUAGACAAACAUUCCUACCUAGACGACCGACGACCGUAACGGGAAAGCGAAAAAGAUUCAGUUCAACCCGUAAAGUUCAAUAAUUAUGGUUUUUAUUGGACAAAAACAAAAUACAUCGCAGAACUUGGCGCCUCCUCAGGCUCCUGAGACAAGGACACUCAACUUGCAAGCUGGCUUUACUUGCGCUUCGAUCCUGCCUUCAGCAGACGCUUCUUCGACCCGGCCGCAGCCCCUUUCCGUGCGCCGCGAGCAAUGCUUUUAAACUGGCCAGCGUUCUUCGCCCGUUUUCUGAGAAAAAGCAACAAACGAGUGAAGUUAUUGUGAUGUCUUGUUAAAGCAAACGGGAGCCCUUUUG